AGAAGCGAGACGGUGGACCUGAAAGACAGGAUCAGAUGGCUGGAGUGUGCGACCGCCAAAUGUGACGGGUCCUGCGAGGAUAUUUCCAGCGAGUCCUUCAGGAAGACCUUGGAAAGUGUGUGUAACAAACCGUUGCCCAAUGAUGGCCGGGCCGGGUGGGAGAUCCUCAUUGGGAAACGCUGCCCGAGGUCCAGAUCACACGAAAAGAGUCGUUUAUGUCCCGAAGAGAGCUUCACCACCGACACCAGGAAAAUUCCCGUGCUAUUUCGCAUUCAUCAUUCUCUAGGCGAUGGGGAGGCCCUUCUGGGCCUAUGGUUCAAAGCGAUAAUCGAGGAGGACGAAAUGAAAGCGGCAAAAGCGAAGAUCAAGGGUAUCGCCUCGUCA